UUUGCCACGCUAGCUCUUGGGUUCGAAUUCCUAGCACAGCUUUUUAAUUGAGACUAGUAUGAAAGAAGUAUGUAAAGUGCUUAACUCCGCAACAGCGUAAAACUUUCCUGUAUGAUCUGCCCACGAAUGUCUACGACAAAAUACGUUUAAAGAAUCUUCUUUUAUUACCGUUUCAACAGUCAGUUAUCUUUACAGGCCUUUCAUGGCGUGAACUGAUACUGUCAAAUCAGAUGCAAAACACCUUAGGUGUUCUGGUAAGAUGCUGUGAGACAUAAGUUUAACCAUAAACCUUAAGGUUUUUUUAAGAAAACAUAUCUCAUACCUCUUCUUCAAAUAUUUCAAGUCUCAUACUUUUGUGGCGCCUUCUGCAAUUACCGCGGUACCCGCUAGGUGUCAUGUCAGUUUUGGUAUGGUCUCGCCCUCCAAUCUGCAGCCAAUCAGAGUAGAGCCAUUCCGUAUAUAAGCAGGGGCACUACCCCAUUGACUUGAGACGCGUCUCCCCGACGAGGUCUUAGUGUACACCACAUACUCGUGUUCUUGAUGAGAUCUCACUGUACCCCACAGACUCGUUUACUUGAUGAAAUCUCACCUUAUACCUUGAGACUCGUCUCCUCGGCGAGGUCUUAGUGUACACCACAUACUCGUCUACUUGAUGAGAACUCACUGCACACCACAGACUCGUCAACUUGAUGAGAUCUCACCUUAUACCUUGAGACUCGUCUCCUCGGCGAGGUCUUAGUGUACACCACAUACUCGUCUACUUGAGAUCUCACUGCACACCACAGAAUCGUCUAUUUGAUGAGAUCUCACCUUAUACCUUGAGACUCGUCUCCUCGGCGAGGUCUUAGUGUACACCACAUACUCGUCUACUUGAGAUCUCACUGCACACCACAGAAUCGUCUAUUUGAUGAGAUCUCACCUUAUACCUUGAGACUCGUCUCCUCGGCGAGGUCUUAGUGUACACCACAUACUCGUCUACUUGAUGAGAUCUCACCUUACAUCUUGAGACUCAUCUCCCGAACAGGAUUUCACUGCUCACCACAUACUCAAAUCAGAAACAGGCACUCAUUAAUUUUCUACUUACUUCAAUUAACUUAAUUUUCUCCGCUUUUUUCCAGCAUCCUCAAACAAUUAAUUAAACUAAUUAAAUCAUUAUGUGAUAAACUUAUAACACUAUAAUGCCAUAGGAUUUCUAAUUUUAAAUAAAUCAAUCUCUGUUAGAAAUGAAGGCGUUUUCCGUUUUGACAGCGUUAUUUCCUGAGUUCACGUUUCCUGCAUCCCCCAUUUUCAACAGUAAUUAAUAUUAAUUAAUUAGCUGUCCUGUUUCCUGCUGACUCCUUUGAUCCUUACAAUUAAACGUUCAUUUUUUAAAAGCUAUUAUCGCAAAAGGUGACUACCGAUUUAGUGACUGAACCCCUCUGAUAAUUCCCAAUUAGCACUCCCAUCAUUUCCAUUUUUGCGAUCGAUACUGUAAUUUUUGACUCCUCAUUGACAACACCUCAAAAGGAAGUUGGACUAAAACCAAUUUCAUCGUACAACUUCCACGUCCAGAGUCUUAAAUUACAUAUAAUUUUUUUAAAUUGUAUUUAACAAUUAAUUGUGAAGUAUUUUAUACUGGGUAAAUUGACAAAAAAAAAGAAUAAAAAUUGUACAAGCAUAAUUCUUUAGACAAAGUAACAAGCAGUUGAAAUUAACAAUAAUGUAUAGACUGUUUAUACAUAUAAUUAACCUGGCUGAAAACUAAUCUUCUUCAUGCACCAUUCUUUUAAUCAUAUUUAAUACUUAAUUGAGGAUUUAUAGUAAUUUUUUUGUAUAAAACUUAUAAUGUAGUGUAUAAUUUGUUAUAUAGAAAUUAGAGGCAUCAUCUGGCAACUUGUCAAAUUAAAUAAGUUUUAGUAUGCACAUUAAUAAAAAUGAUCGUAAAUAAGGUUCUUUGGGAGCGUUUUACAAUUUAAAAUGGAUCACCAGCAAAAUAAAUAAUUUAGCAAAUGAUGAGUUAACUAUUUAUAUAUGCAAGGAAAAGGGAUAAGAAACUAUUGAUGAUGGAGGCAAACAAUAUAAGCUUAUUUGAACCAUUUGAAAAAACAAGGGACGGAUUUUUGUUAGUGCCACUGGAACUGUGCCAUUUGUGGAAUUCCUCCAAGCCGUUCAAAUGCCUGGAGCAUUCUCCCAAAACAAAUUCAUCGGCGAAAAUCCGCACCACUGUUCUCGGCAUCAUGGCCAUGAUCAGUCUGAUCGGAAACAUUCUGACGAUCUUGAGCAUAAGGAAUUCUAGGACUUGCAGGAACAGAAAGAUAAAUCAAUCUUGGUCCUCAGUUUACGCACUGAUUCUACAUCUCAGCGUUUCUGACCUUUUGGUGACCGUUUUCUGCAUUGCAGGCGAAGCAAUGUGGUCCUUUACAGUCGAAUGGAAGGCUGGCAACAUUUUGUGCAAACUUUUCAAAUUUUCAGAAAUGUUCUCGCUCUAUCUUUCUACAUUCAUACUUGUCCUGAUAGGUCUUGACAGGUUCGUUGCGGUCCGGUACCCUAUUAAAGCAUUCAGCACUACAAAACGUUGUUCAAAAUUUGUAAUAGGUGCUUGGAUUCUUAGUUGUCUGUUGAGCCUACCUCAGUUGAUUAUAUUUCAUGUUGGGAUUGGCCCUUUCUACGAAGACUUUUAUCAGUGUGUUACUUAUGGAUUCUAUACAGAGCCAUGGCAGGAACAACUGUAUACAACAUUUAGUUUUCUUUGUAUGUUUAUGGUACCUCUUCUUAUUUUGGCUGCUUCAUACACAUCUACUAUCAUCACUAUUUCAAAAAGUGACAAAUUCUUCAGCUUUGAGGGCCCAAGGAGAGUUAUAGAUUUGGAUUUCAACCGAAGACGCCUUAUACACAAAGCGAAGGUCAAAGCAUUCAGAAUAUCAUUGGUUAUUGUCGUGACAUUCGUCGUGUGGUGGACACCUUAUUACAUUAUGAUGAUCAUCUUUGUUUUUCUCAACCCUGAUAAAUAUCUGUCGGAGGAAUUACAAAAAGGAAUAUUUUUCUUUGGCAUGUCAAAUAGCUUGGUUAAUCCUUUGAUCUACGGAGCGUUUCACCUUUGGAAACCUUCAAAAAAUAAAAAGACAAGAUAUGCUUCAUUCAAAAUAUUCGACUACUCUUGCUUGCAGGAGUGAUUUUUUUUCGA